AUGUCUUUGGCACAGCUACGUGAGAAGCAUGUUGGCAACCCAACCUUGAUAUACGGCCAUCACAACACUGCUAAAAUGGCCACCCACACAUUCUGGCAAUACGUUCGCCUCAAAAUCAUCGUCACACUCCUCCGUCUUGUAAAUCAAGUCGCUACAAGACCUCACUUUAAACCCUCGCCAACCUGCAACCGCAAGCUUGUGCGCAUUCCAUCACGCGAUUUGAACCGCUUCAUAGAUGCAUGGAUCUACUAUCCCCCAGACUACACCGACGGUGACAAGCGUGGCCUGGUCAUCAACUGGCAUGGAGGCGGAUGCAUGUUGCCCAACUUGGGUAUGGACCAUGAGUUUUGUGAGAAGAUAGCUGUGAGGCGGAACAUUCUUGUUCUCGACGCAGAUUAUCGUAAAGCACCAGAAGAUCCCUUCCCUGCUGCCGUCGAAGACGCCGAGGAUAUUUUGCGAUGGGUUGAGAGUCAGUCGCAACUGUUUGACCUUGAUCGCGUUGCUUUAUCAGGCUUCAGUUCAGGCGGAAACUUGGCAUUGGUAGCCUCCUCCGAAAUCAGACGCGAGUUUAACAACAUCAACAUUCGAGCGGUAUACUCUUUUUAUCCAGGUGUAGACUUCACCAUUCUGCCGGAACAGAAGAUUGUGGCCAACCCCAUCCGACCAUUGCCGUUUUGGUUCCAACAUCUCAUCACAGAAGCAUAUCUUCCCAGAGAUGACGACCGCAAAUCACCCAGGGCAUCACCGAUGUACGCUGACACGAAGUCUUUCCCUGCAUGUGUUGUGCUGUUUGCCUGUUCUGGGGAUGUCUUUACGCCAGAGAUCGAAGCAAUCGGGGAGAAACUGGUGCGAGGUGGCGUUGAUGUUGAAGAUGUUAUGGUUCAAGGGGCUCACGCGUUUGACAAAACAACUAGCCGUGAGUUCUUCAACCCUGAUGCGAGAGAUAUGGCGUACUCGAAGGUCAUGAUGAGCUUGAAAGAUGUUUUGUAG